GGAGGAGACUGAUAGCAGCUUUCCAUUAACUGCUGCUCCUAUCAACAAUAUUAAGGAAGAGGCCUCUGAAGAACAGAAUCCUGAUGGGUAUCAGCAGGAGCUGGAGCACCUCAACAUAAAGGAGGAAAAUGAAAUAAUCUGUACCAGUCAGGAAGAACAACUGAAUUUGAAAGAAAAGACUGAAAUUACCAGGUUUCUAUCAACUGUUGUUCAUAUGAAGAGUAAAGAGGAUGCAGAGAAACCUCUGUGUUCUUACUUUCCUCAACUGCAAAAAGAAGUCAGCGUAUUUCCAGCCAGCACUUCAGCUGACUAUAUACAAGGAAAAAUUAAAGACGAUGACUCAAAAGCGGAUUCAAAGAAAAACGUUUUAAAGACAAACAUAGCAAUCCACACUGGCAAGAAAUCGUUUGGCUGUGAUGAUUGUGGAAAAAGAUUUUUCUUAAAGUCAGUCUUAAAAAGACACAUGGGAAUCCACAUGGGGAAAAAACCCUUUGGUUGUGAUGCAUGUGGGAAAAGAUGUUCUUCAAAGUCUUACUUGAACAAACACAUUAGAAUCCACAUGGGAGACAAACCUUUUGGUUGUGAUGAUUGUGGGAAAAGCUAUUCUAUCAAAUCAAAUUUAAUUAGACACAUGAAAAGCCACACAGGGGAUAAACCUUUUGGCUGUGAUGAUUGUGGAAAAAGAUUUUACAUUAAGUCAGACUUAAACAUACACUCAAGGAUCCACUCAGGAGUGAAACCUUUUGGAUGUGAUGAUUGUGGGAAAACAUUUUACAUAAAGUCCCAAUUAAAUGUACACAUGAGAAGCCACACAGGAGAUAAGCCAUUUGUUUGUGAAACAUGUGGAAAAAGAUAUUCCUCAAAAUCAGACUUAAACAAACAUCUAAGAAUUCACAUGGGGGAGAAACCUUUUGGUUGUGAUCACUGUGAAAAAAGAUUUUCAAGAAAGCUAAAUUUGAGCUUACAUAUGAGAACUCACACAGGAGAGAAACCUUUUGGUUGCGAUGUGUGUUGUAAAAGCUAUUCCUCAAAGUAUGACCUAAAAAGACACAUGAAAAGCCACACAGCAGAGAAACCUUUUGGUUGUGAUGUUUGCGAUAAAAGAUUUUUUUUAAAUUCAGGCUUGAGGGACCACAUGAGGAGCCAUACAGGAGAAAAACCGUUUAGUUGUGAUGAUUGUGGAAAAAGAUUCUCCAUCAAGUCACACGUAAAAAUACACAUGAGGAUCCACACGGGUGAGAAACCUUUUGGUUGUGAUGAUUGUGGAAAAAGAUUUGCCUUCAAGUCGGUCUUUAAUAGGCACAUGAGAUCCCACACAGGAGUGAAACCUUUUGGUUGUGAUGAUUGUGGAAAAACAUUUUUCUUGCAGUCAUUCUUAAACAGACACAUGAAAAUACACACAGGAGAGAAACCUUUUGUUUGUGAUACUUGUGGAAAAAGAUUCACCAUGAUGUCACAUUUAAAUUCACACAUGAGAAUCCACACAGGAGAGAAGCCCUUUGGUUGUGAUGUAUGUGGGAAAAGAUGUUCUUCAAAGUCAGACUUGAACAAACAUGCAGGAAUCCACUUGGAAGAGAAACCUUUUGGCUGUGAUGAUUGUGGAAAAAGAUUUUUCGUAAAGUCAGUCUUAAAUAGACACAUGAGAAGCCACACAGGAGAUAAACCUUUUGCCUGUAAUGAUUGUGGGAAAACAUUUUAUAUAAAGUCAGAAUUAAAUGUACACAUGAGAAGCCACACGGGAGAUAAACCCUUUGGUUGUGAUGUAUGUAAUAAAAGAUGUUCCUCAAAAUCAGAGUUAAACAAACAUGUAAGAAUCCACAUGGCAGAGAAACCUUUUGGUUGUGAUGAUUGUGGAAAAAGAUUUUUCAUACAGUCAUAUUUGAAUAUACACAAGAGGAUCCACACGGGAGAGAAACCUUUUGGUUGUGAUGUGUGUUGUAAAAGAUAUUCCUCAAAAUCUGACCUAAAUAGACACGUGAAAAGCCACACAGGAGAGAAACCUUUUGGUUGUGAUGUGUGUGGUAAACGUUUUGCCUCAAAUUCAGGUGUGAAGGACCACAUGAGAAUCCACACAGGGGAAAAACCCUUUAGGUGUAAUGAUUGUGGAAAAAGAUUUUUAAUUAAGUCACAUUUAAAUAUACACAUGAGGAUUCAUACAGGAGAGAAACCUUUUGUUUGUGAUAUGUGUUGUAAAAAAUAUUCCUCAAAGUACGGCCUAAAUAGACACAUGAAAAGCCACACGGGAGAGAAACCUUUUGGUUGUGAUACAUGUGGUAAAAUAUUUCCCUCAAAUUCAGGUUUACAGGACCACAUAAGAAUCCACACAGGGGAAAAACCGUUUAGUUGUGAUGAUUGUGGAAAAAGAUUUUCUAUCAAGUCGGUCUUAACUAGACACACGAGAAUCCACAUGGGAGAGAAACCUUUUAGUUGUGAUCAUUGUGGGGAAAGAUGUUCCUCUAAAUCAGACUUAAACAAACAUAUUAGAAUCCAUGUGGAAGAGAAAGCAUAAAAAUCCCUUUAUUAUCCCACAAAGAAGAAGUUUAGACAUAGCUGUGGCAAAAAGGCAAAGUUGUACAUCAAAUCAUCAACAAAAAGGCUAAUGUAAAGUUUGUUCUAAGGCCACAGAGAACAUAUAAAAGACAUAAUAAAAUAUGUAAAUAAGUAAAUAUUGCACAAUUAUUGAUAAUAUGGAUUAUCCAGUUAAAAAGGAAUUAUUAAAGGUAGGGUGGACGAUUUUUGCUAAAUUGUAGGUAAGAAACGACCAAGUCCCUUUUUGAAUAACUGUAUGUCCAAGGCGAUCUUACCUGCUCUUUUGCUCCUCAGGAGGAUUGUGAAAAAUCUCCCAAAUACACUCUGGUCUUAUUUCUUUCUUGCCUUCCUCUUCUCAUAAACAUACAAGACAGUUUGCAUCUUGUGACUCUUAUGAAUGGCUAACAGUAAAGCUAACUUGAUAAAAAAAACACUAGAAAUGCAACUGGAUGCAUCACUUUUCAUACAUUUGUGACCCUGGUUGUAGGAGAGCUUUUGCCAUGACAAAAAAAGUUAUUAAAAUAGUGAUUCAAUGUUUGUAUCUAAAAAAUUUACUUUAUAAAACAAUUUAGGAAUUUUAAUGUAUUGCCUGAAUCCACAUUACAUAAAACGAUCUAUACUAAAAAAAAAAAGGCACACAAAGUGAACUAGGUGAAUAAGUAAUUGAAGCCGUGUGAAUCAAAUUCAGGAAAUUAUUUAAUGCAACAGACAAGCCAGAACUACAGCAAAACAAUGGCGUUAUCUAGCGACACUUUGACUUAACUGCCACCCCAGUCUACUCACUCACUUUUUUGUAGGGUUGUUCCUUUCUGGACUUGUCUCGGUAAUAAUAAUUGGUUGAGUCAUAAAACUCAGGCCGACCACAGACCGCCAUUAUCAGUUUUUCUGUGAUGCUGAAUAAAAACAGCUUCAUCUCUUCUGUUCCUCACCUUAAGUGUUGAGCAAUAUAGGCCAGUGAAGGGAGAAUGAUUCAUGGAGUUUUCUGAAGCAGAGGGGGUGGAUGAUUGCUUAGAGCCGAGAUGUGCAGUUCUGUGUAGAAGAAUAGGCAGUUGUCCAGGAUGAGGGUGCUUGCAACAUCUUAGGUUGCGUUGGAAGGGGCUGUUGGCAAACAUAAGAAAAGUGGUGAUUCAGCUUAUUCACUCAGCCCAAGUUGCCCAAAGCUAGGGUGUUCUGUUUGUGACCUGAAAUUGUUUUCAGGAUUUUUAAGACAUCAAUGAUGUCUUGCAGUUCUGCUUCCAUUUUCUACCAGUAGUUUUUUUCCCUUCUCAGACGUUCGUCAUAUCUUCUUGUACUGCUUUCAGAUCCUCUGUAUUUACUGACUUUAAAACCCUCUUCUCCUUAAGUAAACAUUUAUUGCUGGGUUUAUACUGGGUUUGCUGUUUGAAAACACCUAGUUCUGGUUCUAGGUAUGAAGAGUAGGCUUGAGCCAGAAGACCUGGUGUUGUAGAACUGUGUGUCAUCAAGCAUAGUUAUGGUAGAUGAUGUUGUUUUUUUAUGAUCUGAGCUAGAGGGAGCAUGUAGGUAUUGAAUAGGAGGAACCAAGGAUGGACCCUUGAGGAACCCCACAUGUGAUUUUUGUCAUCUCUGAUGUAAAGUUACCUACUGACAAAAAAA